CUUGGGGUGGGGUGUAGUAUAAAAAUGCACCAGAGAUGCAUCGUAGGUCGAUACUCCAGCAACAGGUGCGUUAGAAUGAAGUUCUUAGUGUGUGCUAUUGUGUUAGGUGUUGUGUGCUUGGAUGCGCUCGCCGAUGGAGCAGAGGAGCCAGUAAGCCCACCAAAUCUGGAAGAUGUCAGUAAAAUUGCUAACGGAGAAGCUUUCGCCCUAGAAUGCCUGAUCGAGAGUGGACUCAAGUUGGACUCGCUUGCCUCGCUCUCGGCUAGUGAUCUGGAUGCGAACGGAAACAAGAUUAAGUGCUUGGUGAAAUGCUUCUUCGAGAAAACGGGCUUCAUGGACAAAGAUGGUCAGCUGCAGGAGAAAACCAUCGUCGAGCAGCUGUCCAAGUUUAUGCCGCGCGACCGUAUCGAGGCGUUGGUCCAGAACUGUAACUUCCAAGAAGCAGAUGCGUGCGAAACUGCGUACAAAGUGACCGAGUGUUACUUCCAGAACAAAGCGGGACUAUUCUGAAGACCUCCCGCGUUACAAACAAAGUCAUGUGAUAAGGUGCGCGUGUGAGUCGCGAUCGUUUUGUUAUGUGUGAUCUGUUGAAUAAAUUCCAUCUCACAGUGAA